UCACCGAAGUAAGCGCAGGUGUCGCAGUUGGAUAAAAAACAGCAACAAGAUGUGGUGCAGGAAGUUGAAAGAUCUUGCCUGCGGCGCUGGGCCACAUGAUAACAUUUUUCGCAGCGAAAAAAUGUCCUUGGCGCAGAUGUAUCUGCAGCCAGAGGCAUCCUAUGAGACCAUAGCUGCUCUAGGUGAGCUUGGUUGCGUGCAGUUUCGUGAUCUUAAUGAAGGCGUCUCCGCGGUGCAGCGCAAGUUUGUUAACGAGGUGCGACGCUGCGAUGAACUGGAGCGCAAGAUACGCUAUGCUACCAAUGAGCUGGCCAAGGACGGUCUUAAGGUUGUGGAUUUAAUCGACGACUUUCCGCCUGCGCCCAAGCCCAAGGAAAUAGCUGAGCUGGAGUCGCUGCUGGAGAAAACCGAAACGGAGAUUAUGGAGCUGGCAGCCAACAAUGUUAGCCUGCAGACCAAUCAUUUGGAGCUGUCGGAAAUGAUUCAAGUGCUGGAGCGCACAGAGCAGUUCUUCUCCGAGCAGGAAUCAACUAACUUUGAUUUGAACAAGCGUGGCACGCAUCGCGAUCCGGAGCAGGCUGAUGGUCGCUUGGGCUUUGUGGCGGGCGUAAUUAGACGUGAGCGUCAAUACGCCUUUGAGCGCAUGUUGUGGCGCAUUUCGCGUGGCAAUGUGCUGGUGCGCCGCACGGACAUGGAGGCGCCUGUGAAGGAUCCACGUACUGGCGACAUGGUGCUGAAGAGCAUCUUUGUGGUGUUCUUCCAGGGCGAUCAGCUGCAAUCGCGCAUACGCAAGGUGUGCCAAGGCUUUCAUGCUACGAUGUAUCCUUGCCCGAGUGCGCAUCAGGAUCGCGUGGACAUGAUCAAGAGCGUGCAUGUGCGAAUUGAAGAUUUGAAGGUAAUCAUUAGCCAAACCGAGGAUCAUCGCACCUGUGUGCUUAAGGCAAUAAUGAAGCAGCUGCCCAACUGGUCGGCCAUGGUGAAGAAGAUGAAGGCCAUUUAUCAUACGCUGAACAUGUUCAAUGUGGAUUUCGGCAGCAAGUGCUUGAUAGGCGAAUGCUGGGUGCCCAAGAAGGAGCUGGAGGAAGUGGAGGCAUUGCUGGCGGAUACAUCUGCCACGCUGGGCAGCACUGUGCCCACCAUAUUCAAUGUGCUGGACACGCAAAAGGAUCCGCCCACAUACUUCCGCACCAACAAGUUUACCUAUGGCUUUCAAGUGCUCAUCGAUGCUUAUGGCAUAGCCAAGUAUCGUGAGGUGAAUCCUGGACUCUACACUUGCAUUUCUUUUCCCUUUUUGUUUGCUGUCAUGUUUGGAGAUAUGGGACACGGCUGCAUUGUUUUUAUACUUGGCUUAUGGAUGGUGCUGGACGAGAAGCGUUUGUGCAAGAAGCGCGCUGGUGAAAUCUGGAAAAUUCUGUUUGGUGGACGCUAUAUUAUUAUGCUUAUGGGUAUCUUUGCUAUAUACACGGGCUUUAUAUACAACGAUUGCUUCUCGAAGUCGUUUAAUAUAUUUGGGACGCACUGGCGUAUGCAAUAUAAUCGAACGACAGUGCUGACCAAUCCAACGCUGCAGCUGAAUCCGGCAACAGAUACACGCGGCACCUACCCGAUGGGCAUAGAUCCUAUAUGGCAGUCGGCGAGCAACAAGAUCAUCUUCCUGAACACCUACAAGAUGAAGCUGUCCAUUAUCUUUGGUGUGCUGCACAUGGUCUUUGGCGUUUGUCUGUCGGUGGAGAACUUUGUGUACUUUAAAAAGUAUGCAUAUAUUCCACUACAGUUUGUGCCACAAGUAUUGUUCCUGCUGCUGCUUUUCGGCUACAUGGUGUUCAUGAUGUUCUACAAGUGGGUGCAGUACUCACCGCAUUACGAGCACUUUGCGGAUUCGCCAGGUUGUGCGCCUUCAGUGUUAAUUAUGUUUAUCGACAUGAUAUUGAUGAAGAACGAGGUGCCCACACCAGGCUGCAUGCCCACGAUGUUCCCAGUGCAACGCGAGCUGGAGACUAUACUCUUUGUUGUCGCCAUCAUUUGCAUUCCUUGGAUUCUGCUGGGCAUGCCGCUUUGGAUUAUGUGCAAGCGCAAAUAUCAGGCCAAACAUCAUGUGGAGCGCAAUCAUAUGGAUGUUAUAAUGGAAACAAUUGAAAUCAAGGGCAAGGAGGUUAUUAUAAACGAAGUUAAUGAAACCCACAAGCAUGAGCAGCAUGAUGAAGAGGAGGAAGAGCCUAUGAGUGAAAUCUGGAUACACCAGGCUAUACACACUGUUGAAUAUAUUCUAAGUACAAUUUCCCAUACAGCCUCAUAUUUGCGUCUUUGGGCUUUAUCGCUUGCUCACGCUGAGCUGUCUGAAGUGCUCUGGACCAUGGUGUUGUCUGAGGGUCUGCAAAUGAAGGGCUAUGUGGGCAUUAUUGGCGUGUUUAUUAUAUUUGCCAUUUGGGUAUUCUUUACCAUUGCCAUUAUGGUCAUGAUGGAAGGUCUGUCGGCCUUCUUGCACACCUUGCGUUUGCAUUGGGUGGAGUUCAUGAGCAAAUUCUAUGUGGGCACGGGCUACGAGUUCCAGCCCUUCAGCUUUAAUGCGCUGCUGACAGCCGAUGAGGAUGACUAGAGCUUUAGCUUAUGUAAACUCUUAAUGGGUCAAUGACAGUUGUUCAUUAAUAAAAUGCAGCAUAC